AUGGUGAAGGCAGCCAGCGUGGUCUGCACCCUCCUCCUCCUCCUCACCACGCUGUGCUGGCACAGCCUGGCUCAGAGAGCUCCAGCCAUGCCGGACAAGUGCUGCUUCAACUUCCAGACCAGAAGGAUCAAGAGAGACAACGUUGUUGCCUGUUACCCCACCAGCCCCGAGUGUCCCCACCAGGCUGUGAUUUUCAGAGUGAGGAACGGGAAGGAGAUCUGCACCCAGGCAAGCAGGGCAUGGGUGAAGAGGUACCAGCAGAGCUUCCAAGUCAGCUCCUUCUCCAUCCCCAGCUAG